CUCCUCCACUUCGGUCAAAGAAUUCCAUUUCCAACCCCAUCCCUUAUAAUCCGCCAAAGCUAUCGGUGCAAUCUCCUUUUCUAACUCACAUCUUUUAUUUAUAAAACAAUGUCUGCCAAAAUUCCAAGGAACUUCAAGCUCCUUGAGGAGCUCGAGAAGGGCGAGAAAGGCCAAGGAGCAGAGGCUUGUUCCUACGGUCUUGCAGACGGAGAAGAUAUGAUGAUGAGCAACUGGAACGGAACUAUUCUCGGCCCUCCUCAUAGUGUCCAUGAGAACAGGAUAUACAGUGUCAACAUCCAUUGCGGUCCUGAUUACCCAGACAAUCCUCCUGUGAUCCAAUUCAUCUCACGGGUCAAUCUUCCUUGUGUAGAUCCACGAACCGGCAAGGUUGACCCUACAAAGCUGCCAUGCUUGGCUCAAUGGAAGCGCGAGUAUAGUAUGGAGACUGUCUUGCUUGAAAUGAGAAGAUAUAUGGCUCUUCCGCAACACAAGAAGCUUCCCCAGCCUCCGGAAGGCUCGAACUUCUGAGUCGAUGAUCUUGCAGGAUACAUGAUCGGAGUAUUGUGGUUAGUUUUGCGUCAGGUCUCGUCAUCUCGUCCUUUGUCUUCUUUCAUCAUUAGAGCGUGUACAGUCUAUGCAUAACGGCAGGCAUGGCGUGAUCUCAUUCUGAGUCUUCAGUUCAUUAUUAUUUAGAAAUAUCUCGAAAUACCUAUAUGCCUCUAGGUGGUGGACUCACUACCUCAAUAGGCCUAGAUUGGUUAAAUCCUCGACUUUUGGUUUGGGGAGAAGCAAAAAGCAACGAAUGCCCCCCGAACCGCCAACUCGGUAGCAAACUGAACUAUGAAGGAAUGGUUUGAAUGUUAGAUUUAGCUGAAUGUCACUUGUGCGUGAUUCAACAGUUUAGAUUUGGGAGCAUCUCAAGACAAAAUACAAAUGAUUCGCGCAAAGCUUGAUGUCCAAAUGAGAA